AACAUCUUCUGUCUCGCAGCUUCGGAAGACCAUGAGAGUGCCGUGGACGACAGGGACAGCGAUUACCGCAGCGAGACCAGUGCCAGCCUCCCUCCUGCAUACUGCACCACCUCUCAGCCCAAUGCUUCAGCACAUCAGUUCCGCGUGGCUUCUCGUUUGCAGCAGCAAGGUGUCUGUGUGGAGCCUCUCCGUGGCUACGCCUUGGAUGACCACGAAAGAACGGCUAUUAGAAGAUACGACAGCAUAGACUCAACUGGGAGUGGCCGGACUGACCUGGAAUCCGGAUCGCGUUCUAGCCAAGUGACCAGUCGCCAGUUGUCGCUAGACAGCCGGCACUCCUUAGAGUUGUCGGAUAGUCCCGCCAGCAGUAGUAAGUUUGGCUCCUCCUGCAACGUCAGCCCAGGAAGCUCUCAGCUGAGUGAGUUGGACCAGGAGCGGGGCAGCCCCCCCGGCUCUGAGCAAGAGGAUGAGCUCCCAGAAGGGGUGUCUGUGGCUCUGCCCCCACGGGACUUCCAGGGACCGUUGAGCCAGCUGCCUGAGUCCCAGGGAGUACACCAGGAAGGAGAAGAGGAAGCCAAGGAACACGGCCACCCUCGGCUCCUGGAGGAGGGGGACAACACCACCCAAGUUGCUCCAGAACCCCCAGGGAGUGGCCUUGAUGGAAAAGAGUCUCCACUGUUCGCGCCUGCAAGAGCCCGUUGGAUCCGAGCUAUCAAUAAAGUGAGGCUUCAGUUCCGGGAGGAUCAGGAUGAUGGAGAUCCCUCAAAGUCACCGUGGUUCAAAGAAGGGCCAGCGGGUGGCCUUUAUGGCAUCGACAGCAUGCCUGAUCUGCGCCAGAAGAAGCCCCUUCCACUCGUCAGUGAUUUGUCACUGGUGCAGUCACGGAAGGCAGGCAUUACCUCAGCAAUGGCGACCCGAACGUCCCUCAAGGAUGAAGAGCUGAAAUCACACGUGUAUAAGAAGACCCUCCAAGCCUUAAUCUACCCUAUCUCCUGCACCACUCCCCAUAAGUUUGAGGUGUGGACCGCCACAACCCCCACCUACUGCUACGAGUGCGAGGGGCUCCUGUGGGGCAUUGCACGCCAAGGGAUGCGCUGCACGGAAUGUGGGGUCAAGUGCCAUGAAAAGUGCCAAGACCUGCUCAAUGCGGACUGCCUGCAGAGAGCAGCAGAGAAGAGUUCCAAGCACGGGGCUGAGGAUCGUACCCAGAACAUCAUCAUGGCCAUGAAGGACCGCAUGAAGAUCCGAGAGCGGAACAAGCCAGAGAUCUUCGACCUUAUCCGAGAUGUCUUCAGUGAGAGCAAGAUGGCCCAUGCGCAGCAAAUUAAAAUGGUAAAGCAGAGUGUUCUGGAUGGGACCUCCAAGUGGUCGGCCAAAAUCACCAUCACAGUGGUUUGCGCCCAAGGCCUACAAGCCAAAGACAAGACCGGCUCUAGUGAUCCGUACGUGACGGUCCAAGUGGGCAAAACAAAGAGGAGGACCAAAACCAUUUUUGGGAAUCUGAACCCCAUCUGGGAAGAGAAAUUCCAUUUCGAGUGCCACAACUCCUCGGAUAGAAUCAAAGUGCGGGUCUGGGACGAAGACGACGACAUCAAGUCCCGAGUCAAGCAGCGGCUGAAGCGGGAGUCUGACGACUUUUUGGGGCAGACCAUCAUUGAAGUCCGGACGCUGAGCGGAGAGAUGGAUGUUUGGUACAACCUUGAAAAAAGGACAGACAAAUCUGCAGUGUCGGGUGCCAUUCGACUACAGAUCAGUGUGGAGAUCAAAGGGGAAGAGAAGGUGGCUCCUUAUCACGUCCAGUACACCUGCCUUCAUGAGAACCUCUUCCACCACCUCACAGAUGUCCAAGGAAAUGGGGUGGUGAAGAUCCCUGAUGCCAAAGGAGAUGAUGCCUGGAAGGUUUACUUUGAGGAGACAGGCCAGGAGAUAGUGGACGAAUUUGCCAUGCGCUACGGAAUUGAGUCCAUUUACCAAGCCAUGACGCAUUUUGCGUGUCUUUCGUCCAAAUAUAUGUGUCCCGGAGUGCCAGCCGUUAUGAGCACCUUGCUGGCAAACAUCAAUGCUUACUAUGCACACACCACAGCCUCCACCCAUGUCUCCGCCUCCGAUCGGUUCUCUGCCUCAAACUUUGGGAAAGAAAGAUUUGUGAAGCUCCUGGACCAGCUGCACAAUUCUCUCCGAAUUGACCUGUCGAUGUACAGGAACAACUUCCCCGCCAGCAGCCGUGAGCGCCUGCAGGACCUCAAGUCUACCGUGGACCUGCUGACCAGCAUAACUUUUUUCCGAAUGAAGGUCCAGGAGCUGCAGAGCCCCCCUCGUGCCAGCCAGGUGGUCAAGGGCUGCGUCAAGGCCUGUCUCAACUCAACCUAUGAGUACAUCUUCAACAACUGCCACGAGCUGUACAGCCGGGAAUAUCAGGCAGACCCUAACAAAGCCCAGGACGUGCCUCCGGAGGAGCAGGGCCCCAGCAUCAGGAACCUGGACUUCUGGCCCAAACUCAUCACCUUAAUCGUCUCCAUCGUGGAAGAAGACAAAAACUCAUAUGCCCCCGCCCUCAACCAGUUUCCACAAGAACUUGCGGUUGGAAAGAUAAGCGCUGAAGUCAUGUGGAAUCUCUUCGCGCAGGAUAUGAAAUACGCCAUGGAAGAGCAUGAGAAACACCGGCUGUGCAGGAGCGCAGACUACAUGAAUCUGCACUUCAAAGUGAAGUGGCUUUACAAUGAGUACUGCAGCCUGCCAGCCUUCCAAGGGAUUGUGCCCGAGUACCCAGCGUGGUUUGAGCCAUUUGUGAUGCAGUGGCUGGACGAGAACGAAGACGUCUCCCUGGAAUUCUUGCACGGAGCUCUGGAGCGAGACAAGAAGGACGGGUUUCAGCAAACAUCUGAGCACGCCCUCUUCUCCUGCUCGGUGGUUGAUAUCUUCACCCAGCUGAAUCAGAGUUUUGAAAUCAUCAAGAAGCUGGAAUGCCCUGAUCCCGCCAUUGUUGCUCGCUACAUGCGACGUUUUGCCAAGACCAUCGGGAAGGUGCUGGUGCAGUAUGCAGACAUUGUUUCCAGGAGCUUCCAGACCUACUGCUCCAAGGAGAAGGUGCCCUGUGUCCUGAUGAACAACAUUCAGCAGCUGAGGGUGCAGCUGGAGAAGAUGUUUGAGGCCAUGGGGGCCAAAGAGCUGGAUCCCGAGGCCAGCGACUCCCUGAAGGAGCUGCAGGUGAAGCUGAACAACGUGCUGGAUGAGCUCAGCGCCACGUUCGGGAACAGUUUCCAGGCACGCAUUGAGGAGUGCGUGAAGCAGAUGUCGGAGGUCCUGUGCCAGGUGAAAGGGGCUGGAAAUGCCCCCCCCAACGCCGUGGCCCAAGACGCAGAUAAUGUCCUGAGGCCCCUGAUGGACUUCCUGGAUGGAAACUUGACACUCUUUGCAAACGUCUGUGAGAAGACGGUGCUGAAGCGGGUGCUGAAGGAUCUUUGGAGGGUUGUGAUGAACACCCUGGAGAAGCUGAUUGUGCUGCCCCCCUCCACGGAUCACACGGGGACCCAGCUGAUUUUCAGUGCUGCUAAAGAACUGGGCCAUUUAUCCAAGCUGAAGGAUCACAUGGUCCGAGAGGAAACACGGAGCCUCACCCCCAAGCAGUGUGCCGUGCUGGAGCUGGCUCUAGACACAAUUAAACAAUACUUCCAUGCUGGAGGAAACGGCCUGAAGAAGACCUUUCUGGAGAAGAGCCCAGAGCUGCAGUCGCUGCGCUACGCCCUCUCGCUCUACACCCAGACCACCGACACCCUCAUCAAGACCUUUGUCCAGACCCAGACGGCACAAGGCUCGGGAGCAGAGGAUCCUGUGGGUGAAGUGUCCAUCCAGGUGGACCUGUACACUCACCCAGGCAGCGGGGAGCACAAGAUCACAGUGAAAGUCGUGGCUGCCAAUGAUCUGAAGUGGCAAACCACUGGCAUGUUUCGCCCCUUUGUGGAGGUCACCAUGAUUGGGCCACACCAAAGUGACAAGAAACGGAGAUUUGCCACCAAAUCCAAGAGCAACAACUGGGCUCCGAAGUACAAUGAAACAUUUCACUUCAUCCUGGGCAACGAGGACGGGCCAGAUGCCUACGAGCUGCAGGUCUGCCUGAAGGACUACUGCUUUGCCCGCGAGGACCGGGUCCUGGGCAUUGCUGUGAUGCAACUCAGGGACGUUGCAGAGAAGGGGAGCUGUGCUUGCUGGUGCCCCCUGGGGCGAAGGGUCCACAUGGACGAAACGGGGCUUACCAUUCUGAGGAUUCUCUCGCAAAGAACCAACGAUGAAGUGGCCAAGGAAUUUGUCAAGCUGAAGUCAGAGUCCCGCUCCCCGGAAGAAGGGAGAUGAUCCCAUCUCACACUUCUUGGACGAGACACGCGGAGGAGCGCCCCCUCCCCCUUGGGAUCCCAGGAGGAGUUUUCUUGCUAGGGGGAGUCUUUGGGGCGGACCAGGCCUGCUCGCCCAAGGAUUCCUCCAGUGGGCCUUCUGGGUUCAGCAGGCGUGCCCAAGGAGCCAGAGCAAAGUGCCCCUGCCAGGGAGGGGCAGGCAACCGAAUCCUAGGCUGCGGGAGGAAGAGCCAGCCGCAUGUUUCAGGCUGGCAGGGUGCCCCCUCCCUCCACUCAGGCCAGCCCUUGCGAGCCCAAGCAGAGGGCGGCUGCAGCAGCUCCAGCCCGGCCGAGCUUCAACCAGGGCAGUGCAGGAACCCUCGAGUAGAAGUCUGGAAACGGAGCUUGCCUGGAGAGGCUUCUCUGUCGCCAGUGGAAGAAGCCCCGUUCUGGCCCUGCCUGUGCAAUGGGGCCCCUUGUUCUUUCCAGAGAGCUGCUUCGCCCCGGGGUGCAAGGAGGGAGGAGCUUUGCCUGGUGCAAGCAGCCCCUCGAGAAGAGCCCCGCUGCUGGCUCCAGUCCUCUGCGCGCGGGUGAGGAGGGGUCUGGAUUUCUAUUUUCCUUCUGACAUUGUACAGCUUUCUGGUAUGAACCUGGUCUUUCUCAGAACGCUUUUAGAUGCUGCUUAGCUGUUGUGGACGAGUGUAAUACAAAAACGCUGUUGCCAAUUUUUAAUCCCAUUGAAUGUGCCACUGUUGCAGGGAGUGGUCAGUGUAGCCUUUAAUAAAGGAACGUUAGCAGCAUUCACUGCCUGCUGCCUUUUCAGGGCUGGCCCACCUGCCGCAGGCGAGCGUGUGGGACGCCGCGUUCAUUGGAGGGGUUUCUGAAAUCGUCCCAAAGCCUUUUGGCCCGGAAGCUGCAGAGAGACUGUGCGUGUGGGGAUGGGGGGAUGUAUUUCAGUUUGCACACGCUGAAGACCGCUGCUGUGUUUCUUGUCCACCAGUCUGUGGGCCAGAACGCACCGUCCACAUGCUGAGCGCAGCAUCUUCAGCACAAAGCUGAAGGCCUCGGAGGUCCGAUUGGCCCAGGUCCUGAUCCCAGGCACUCCUGGCCCCCCAUCUGGAAGCGGGCCUCGUGCCAGAGCUAAUGCGGGGUGCCAGUGAGCCAGGAAGCAGCUGUGGGCUUGAGUGAGUCCAGUUCCCGGAUGGUCUGGAAGCGUUGGGGAUUUUGCCCUCCUGGGGCCACCUCUUUGAAGUAGGUGGUGAAGGUACAAAUCCAGGAAUCAGCUGGCAGUUUCUGACCCACCCCACGAAUACGGGCCGGGCCACGCUUUGCGUUAAAUCGGAGCGCAGUGAGAGCAGAAGACCAGCCCAGAUGGUGCCGGAUGAACUGCCUGGGUUGUGUGGGGCUCCGGGAGAAACCAAGGGAGCCAGGCACCCCGCUCUGGGUGUCUUUGUGGCCCCUGAAGGGUUUGUGGGUCAAACCUGGACACAAAUGAGGGUUGGUUGGUUUGUUUGUUUGAAACAUUCCAACCCAGCAAUACAAACAAUAUAUACUACUAUUAAAAACAAACAAAAAACCAAAACAGAAAAACCUGGUACCACAGCCCAUCCCAUUCUCAUCCUGCUCUGAACUCACCCUGUCCUGGCACCUGGAGGUUGCCACUAAGGAGCUCUAUUGCUCAAAGUGUGCCAGAGUCUGUUGGCAUCAGUGCCCCCACCCAGCAAGGUUAAUUUAAUAACAUUCUUCCCCAAAUCAGGCUGCAUUUGGGAUGUGAGAAGGCUGACUCUUCACACAGAGCAUCUUGGCCACCUCUGUUCUUCAUGCCACUGGCACCUGAUGUGAAGGGAGCGGUGCUUUUAUGUGGGCAGUGCCAGGAACAGUGCCAGGCACAGGAAAUUGCAUCUGAUUACUCCCUCUGCCCAGGUGCCACUCAGAUGGACUGCUGGCCUCAUCACAGUUUUCCUGCAUUUGAUGGAGACAGUGUGGCUCUAAUGGGCUCAUAUGUGCCACGUUCCUUCAGAGCUGAAUGCACGUCUGUGUUUCAAGAGAAGGGUGACUUUGGAAGGAAAUCUGGAAAACACGCAGUACUACAAGAGGAAAGGCCUAUCUUAAGCCACUGGCCAACUGGGUUAUUUAAUGGACUCUUCAGUGCCACCAUCUUCAUCUCCUGGGCCAGGUCAUGGGUCGACCGUCCCUCCUCCAGCCCCUGAUCUGUGGGGGUAGUUUCACAGCCUCUUUGGUCCUUCUUAGGUUCCAACACUUGCUCUGCAAACAGAGGUGGGAGUUUUCCCCGGCACAAUUCAAGCUCCUUCUGCAAAGCAGGAAGCAGGGGAUGCCAGGGAAGGAGAGGUGUGGGCCCACAGGCCGUUUUGUUUGAUGAAGUCACAGAGGGGCACAGCAGGUCGCUCUGAAACGUGGUUAGCCAUCUUGGCCUUUUUCAGGUUACUUCCCGACUGCAGAGACCUUCCCCCUUUCUUUCCAGACCAAGGAGACAUAGUGUUGCUUUUUUCUUUUUUAAAAAGAUAACUGUACCCCACCUGUGAACAUUGUGGACACACAAACAGUGGCUUCCAGAAAUUAUACAGCACUUAAAAAAGAAGAAACAGUGCCUAAACCCAAAGGUGCAGUGUUGAUGUGAUUAGCUUCUCUGGGGAGGGGAUGUUGCUACAGAGAGGCCCCCUUUGUCCACCCCAAUGAACGUGGAGCAUGGGGAGAGGGGUUUCCACCGCCCAGUUGAUUCAUCUCUAGGCAGGUGUUCUGGCCAAUCCAUCAAAGCCAAAUGAAAUCUCACCCAGUGACUCCGGUGCCUGCAAAGGGGGCUUUCUUGGGGUUCAGCCUUGGUGUGCUCAUGCAAGCAGCCUGGGUUUAGUGCCUCCGGGGGGGACUCUGAUUUUGCUGGAGCUCCUACCCAGGAAAAGCUGGGAGCCCCGUUUGGAUGGGUGGGUGGAAACUUUUCUCCACUCCUUCCCUCAUCCGUUCCAGUUAUAGGAGGCCAGCCGUUCCUCCAGGCCAGCAAAUGGCAGCAAGACCUCAAGGCAGGGCCGCUCGGAGAAUGCCAAGGUGUCCUCGCUUCCACAGGUUCCUCCUCCUCCCAGGAGACGCCCAUCCUUUGGCCUCCACAGUUAACUCAAGAUCACAGCCAGGUCAGCUUAGGAAGAAUGACCAGGACUGUGCCAUGGUCUCCAUGACGAAGGUAGAACCAAACCAUUAUGUCUGGGGAUCGGAGAAAUCCUGGUGCCCCAGCGGGGAGAAGUCUCAAGAGUCAGCUGGCAUUUUGCACUCCUACGAUCCUGCAUUUGGUCUCUGUUGGGCAGCUGAGCCAGGAUUUUUUUCCAGUUUGGCAGCCAUGAUCUGGAGAUAGUUUGAGGCAGACAACUUUCUGAGGAUGGGUACAUCUUGAAGGAGAUAAAUUAGCAAAAUACAUUUACUAAAAAUGUAAGGUGCCCCCUCCACUGACUUUAUGGAGGGGAAUUUUAUGGGAAUUAAGCCACAUCCCUUUGCAAAUCCGGAUCUACUUCCAGAUCACUAUGUCUCUCAAAGAGAUGAGAAUUCCACUAGCACUUGGUAAAGCAGCCAUGGAGGCCUUGGAAAACACACACAAAUGCUGUGAUGUGUCUCUACCUACAAA